GGCUGUGUUUCAGGAGCAAUGAAGAAGUCGGAGGAGACGAAAAUCAUGUGGGGCAGUGGUGCUAAAGCGGAGUAGUUACUGUUGGUGUUAACUUGGUCUCUGUUCAUUGAGUGUUGCCGAUGUAGAUGGGAUGGAAGAGGGAGACAGGGAUGAGGGCAGGAUUUCAAGCACCAGUAGAGCUUUGUGUAGUGAUGGCUCAUGCUUGGCUUUUGCAGCUGCGCUUGCAGAGGAAUUGUCCAGGAGUCCCAGACGGAGCAGAAACUGGAGGAGGUGGAUCUGAGCGGCUUGGACAUCCUUCUAAGGAGACAUUCAGAAUGCAGAAAGCUGAGGACUGUUCAUAACUGGCUGUGAGGUAAGAGGUCAGUGCUUUCGAUUUCUUAUCUGUACUCGCUGUAGUUUUCUUCACAGGCCGUGUGUUUCCUCAUUGGUGUCAUGGAAUUUGGUGGAGACAAGGCCCUGCACCCCCGGCUUCCUGCCAUUCACCAAGACUCUCAGCCAGGCAGUAAAACAGAAGGCUUAUUUAGACGACAGGAACACAGUCCAAGACAGGUCUUGCAGCGCUGAGGAAAAAAGUCACACGUUAGAUUCUACUGCCCUCAUGCGAUGGAAAGCGAGCGAGAGGGAUGAGACUGCGAGCAGUGUUCAUGCCAGGCAAGAGUCAUUGAUCUGGGAGCCGAGCAGACACCACUGUCACUGAGAUAAGUGUCUGUUUUGCUGAGGGUUCUGCUCACGGCCCAGCUGACUCCUGGUACAGACACCCACUUAGCUAGGGCUGGGUUUGUAGGAAAAGGUACCUGACUAGUGGUUAUGAGGGAGACCAGGUCUCCAUUUUCAGAGGCUGCUCAGUUCUCUGGCCAGGAUCGGUGUGUCUUCCGCAGGAGAAGGUUAGAUCCAUGAGGAUGACUCCAGGGGGUGAGUUGCUUGCCUUCCUCCUGUGUUUCUCUUUCUCUUCUCUACUCUACUCUGUGUUGGCCAACACCCCCCCCCUCUCUCUCCUCGUGCUGUCUCCCUUCAUAGGACACGGGUAGGGGUGCUAGAUGUGUACCCCACAGCCUAGGUCUCAGGAGCUAUGAAGAAGUAGGAGGGGAUGAAAAUCAUGCAGCGUAGUGGGCACUAGAGUGGAGCAGUGACUGCGGAUGUUGAUUGUCUCUGUUCGAGUGGGGAUGAUGUGGAUGGGAUGGAAGAGGGAGGCAGGGAUGCGGGCAAGAUUUCAAGACCAAUAGAGCUUUGUGUUGUGACGGCUCAUGCUUGGCUUUUGUAGGUGCACUUGCACAGGAAUUGUUCUUCAGGAGCCCCAGCCUGGGGAGAAACUGGCAGAAGUGGACGUGAGCAGCCUGGACAUCCUUCUGAAGAGACAUGAACAGUCCUCAGCUUUCUCUCUCUUGCAUAACUACACUUCACGACUUUUAGGGGCACGGCUAAAGCCCAAGAUAAAUGCGGGGUAGAGGCUGAGUACAGACGGCUGCGUCCCUUUAGGUGGGUUUGGUUUCUUAUAAAAGUUUUCCUCCUUGUUGUAGGUGCAGGAGGAGAAUUUCCCUAUCUUCUAAGCUGCUGAUCUUCCAGGACAGAGAGGAGCGGGUUCUUCUGAGCAGUGGCCUGGAACCAGGAAGAGGGAUCGUCCAGGAGCCCAGACAGCGGAGAAACUGGAAGAAGUGAACCUGAGCAGCCUGGACAUCCUUGUAAGCAGAGAUGAAGAGUCCUCAGCUUUCUGCCUUCUCCAUGACUGGCUUACCACAGACAAAGAAGUCAAGGGUAAGAGCCCACCCCCGUUUUGAGAUGUAAAGUGCACAAGAGCCGUGAGACAGCGAGCGUUGUUGAUGCCAGGCUAUGCAGAUGCCAUCGAGCUGGGAGUGGAGCAGACGUCACCAUCAGUGAGAUAAGUGUCUGGUUCGGUGAAGACUCUGCUAACGGCCCACCUGCCUCCAGGCUGGGACUUGUCGUUAGCUGGGGCUCGGUUUGUAGGAAAAGAUUCCUGAGUAGCUGUGGUUGCGAGGGAGACAAGUUCCCCAUUUUCAGGGUCUGGUCAUUUCUCUGUUCACAAGCAGUGUCCUCUCCGGCAGAACGUUAGAUCCAGGGGGAUGACUCCAGCUGCUGCGCUGGCAGAGGAAUUGUCCAGGAGCCCUACCCGGACGAGAGACUCUCAGAAGUGGACCUGAUCACCCUGAACAUCCUUCUAAGCAGACAUGAACAGUCCUCAGCUUUCUCCCUCCUGCAUAACUGGCUUUAAGAAGCCGGAUGGAGCGAUGCGUUCAGUCUAUAUUAAAAUCUGCAUCAGGUUCCUCGGUGUGGUUGAUGCCACAAUGUCUAUCAUCGAUGUCUCCAUGCUCACUGGCUUCUCACCGGACAUGGAGGAUCUUAAGAGACUUUCCCAAGGGGUCAACAGAUACAUUUCCAAGUUUGAAAUCAACAAAGCCCCAUCCGACAGAAGCAACCUCAUAAUCUAUGUGGACAAGGUUUCUCACAGAGAGGAGGAAUGCCUGCAGUUUAAAGCUCACCAGUUUUUCGAAGUGGGGCUCAUUCAGCCGGCAUCCGUCACAGUCUACGACUAUUACAGCAUAGAUGACCGGUGCACCAAGUUCUACCACCCGUCUAACCAGAGCGGGCUCUUCAAUAUGAUCUGUCACGGGGGCAUCUGCCGGUGUGCAGAAGAAAGCUGCUUCAUGCAGCAGAAGAUAGAGGGUCCCAUCACCCUGAACAGACGAAUGGAGGAAGCCUGCAAACCUGGAGUGGAUUAUGUGUAUAAAACCAGGCUUGUUAGAAUUCAACAAGUGGAUAGUUCUGACUACUACAUCAUGGAAAUUGUGGAACUCAUUAAGGCAGGGACUGAUGAAGAUCCACAAGGAAAAACCCGCCCAUUCAUCAGCCACAUAAAAUGCAGGGAGUCUCUGAGGCUGGAGCGUAACAAAGACUACUUGAUCUGGGGACUCAGCACCGACUUGUGGCCCAGGAAAGCUGAGUUCUUGGCCUAUACUCGCUGUAUAAGACUACCCCCCCUUCCGAGGCUGAAGGACCCACCACCGAAGACCCGAUUAUGAAGAAACAGGCAAAUGAAGGUGAAGACAACUGAGUUAGCUGCAGAAGCC